GAAGAAUUCAAAGAAAGGUAUUGUUAUACAACGAGAAUAUUGAACGAUAUUCUUCCGUAUUCCUAUAUACAUUUAUAUUUUGCUAUUUCAAGUAUAUUAUUUUAGGAAUGAGCGAAGAAAAUUAAUUGAAUGCUGAUAAAAACUAAAACAAAAAUAAUCUUGAGAAAAUAAUAAAGUUAGAUAAAAAGAAUGGGAAUUUUGAUAUUUAUGAUAAAUACUCCAGGUAAGAUCAAUAUUCAUUACAAUUAGACGCAAGCUGAAGAUUAGGACAUCAUAGAACAAUUCCUACAUCAACAGUUCGUAUUAGAAUGAAUACAUUUUAUGUUAUUUUUGGAGACAUAUUAACUAAGUGUACUUUAAGAAAAUGGAUGAACCUGAAUAGGAGAGACUUGAAUACCUCAAAGCUAUGAAUGAUGACGCUAUUGUGACAGAAUUUCCUGUGAAAUAUGCUGAUUAUAAGUUUUAUUAAGCCAGAUAAAUCUUAAAUAAAUAACAGAUUUAAUCAGAAAAUAAAACUUAUUGGGAGAAUAUUUAGAAGCACAUCAAGUUGAGUGGUCUCAUUCACAAAGCAAAAGCUCUGAAAAUACCUUAGAUCGAGAAAAUAUAUUACAUGAAACAAAAAUCAAUGGUUAAAUUUAAAUAAAAAAACAUCAGGUAUUGUGUAUAUUAUAAUUAAGUUCAUUAAUACAAGAAAAUGCUCAAUUGGAUAAAUUGCUAGACAAGUUGAAUGAACAAAUAGAAUUGAGAACAGGAUAAAAAGACGAAAUCUUCCUAUAAUUGUAAGAGUAUUCAAAUGAAUUACAACAAUUAAACAAAUCUAAUAAGAAAGAUCUAUAAAAUCUCACUUAAAAAAUUAAAAGUGAGCAACCUUUAAAUGUCUUUGGAACCUAAGUGCACAUUUACAAACAAGGCCGAGGCAACAAUAAUCUUAGCAAGAAUCAAAUUAUAUAUAAUAAUGAGGCAUUAUUGACUUAUCUCAGGAAGAGUCUGGAACAACUGGACUUUAGACAAACUGCAGAAUCAAUAGUGAAAGUUAUUAACUCUGUGCAUUCUCCUAAUGGUUAUUAGUUCUGUGUGGCAUUUGAGUAGGCUUUAAAUUCUACAUAUGUAAAUAUAGAUGAAGAUUUGAUGUAUGAAUUGGACAAACUAAGAGAUACAUCUUUAUUUAAAUUCUACAAUAUCCCUUAGAAAACUAAAUAUUCUCACAUCGCUUAAAAUGUACGAAAUUCUAGUAUUAAUCAAGUUUGUUGGAAUAAAUCAAGUACAAUAAAAUAGGUAGAAGCCUAAUCCAUUAAUAAAUAAGAAUCUAACUAAAGAAUCUAAAGCAUCUUAAUCUGGUGAUAAUGAUUCUACUUUGCUAAGAUAUGAAGCUUGUCAUCAUUGCAAAAUGUUGUUUAGAGAAGAAUAUCUUAUCUCUUGUAAUUAUAGAAGUGGAACCAUGGGACUCCCAAUAAUCAAUUCAUCAAUAACUGAUUCAUAUUUGUUUACUCAAAGUAAAAAUUAAUAUGAAAACAAUAGUGGAUGACGAGGGCAUCAAGAGUAGAAGACAAGUUCCAAAUAGAAAGAAGACUGCAUACAGCAUUUAUUCAAAGAAGAGUACUAAUCACUAUUGAUUAUUAUAUUAGAUGGUGAGUUGAUAUGUCAAAGAAAGUUCUGUAGAAUGUGCUUGAAAUAAAAUUAUGAUAUAAAAAUAGAAGAAGUCAUAUAGAAGACGGAUUGGGUUUGUCCUUUUUGUUAGGUAAUUUCCAAAAUUAAAUUAGGCUAUAUGUUUUUGUUCAAGAUGUCAAAGAAAUGAUAUAAUGAUUAAAUUAAAGGAUCUAUAUACCAUAUGUGGAGGGGAUUUAGAAUAAUUAACUAAGGAUUCCAUUUUUGAGAAGUAUGUUCGUCCCUUAACGGAUGAUUAAUUGUAUAGGAAGAAACCCAGUCAACUUCAGGUACAUAUUUUUGAAUAAUAAUAAGAGAACUGGCUAUUCCUUUGUAAAAUAGUAGUUGAAUAACUUCAAAGAUAUGCAAGCAAUAAGAUUGGACUUCGAGAAUUUAAGAUUGUUGUGUUCUCAAUUGAUGAGGAGAGAGAAAAUGAAAUGGAAAAUAUUGGAAUAAGACAUUCUUAUAUGGAAUAAUGAAGCUAAACAAUAGAAAAAAUAAAAAUAACAAAAAUCAUCAAUUACAAAAUCAGUCCAAAAAAAACAGAAAGAUCAGAAGAAGUUAAAAAAAGUAACGAAAAAAGUUUAGAAGUAUUAUUUGGUAAUUCAUGAUUUAGAUCUGAUGUUUAGUAUAUUCAAGAAUUAUCCUCUUCAUCUUCAUUGUCAUCAAGUAGUAGUGAGUACUAAUAAAGUAGUGAAUAUGAAUCUGAAGAAAAUGAUAAUAAUAAUAAUAAUAAUAAUAAUAAUAAUAAUAAUAAUAAUAAUAAUAGCAAUAAUAAUAAUCAUAAAUAGAACAAUGAGAAAGUUAAUGUGAUAUCAUAAAAAAUGAAAUAAAAAAACAGUAAAUAAGUCAGUAAUGACAAACAAUAAUCAUUAAAUAAGAUAUUACAAAAUUAUAAGUCAUUUCCUGCCAAAAACGUAAAGAGAGAAGUUGCUUACUUGUUGCAAUAUCAAGACAGUGACACCUACAGUCUCAUUGUAAAAAAAAUCAAAUAAGAUUAAUCGAUUAACUCCUUAAAGAGAUGA